GUUAUCUCAACGAGCUGAACUGUACAUUUCGUGGGAUUGAUCAAUGUUUGUAUAUUAGAUGUAAUGCGACAGAAAGCACAUUAUCUGGUAAAGCUAUAGGCCAGAAAACAAUUAUUGUCUCUGGUUUAAAGAGGGUUGACAGAAUUGAGUUUUUGUGAAGGGUACUUGCGUGAGGAACUGAUCAAUAUGUAGCAAUGCAGAGCAUCGCGUGACAUUGCAACAUCAUUGUGCUAACGAAGCAAAAUACAAUACAAUUCCGAACACACCGAAUGACGAUUGUUUUUGCUAUAAAAGAGAAAAUAUGUACUGUUUUUGACGGAUAUAGAUUUCUAAUUCAGUCCUUUCAUCGAAUUAUCAAAGCGGUAUAGUAAUAAUACAUAGGAUCUUUGAGAUCAACCGUAAUAGGAUUACUCUCAUAGAUUUGAGACUAAGCAUAGAUAAAGGAUGUUUCCCGGAUGUAGUGUCAAGACUCCCGGGGACAACAGCAUGACGAACGCUGUUCAAGCCUGAAGGAGAACUAGAUGUAACUGAGGUCCCCGGUGGUGCAAGCGUCUCGAUAAAAACAGAUAGGAUAUUAUCGAAAAUAUGGUCUUAACAGCAUGGGAAAUAGUAGCCAUCUGUCUUGCGUUCUGUACAGUCCUUGUCGCCAUGUCGAUUGUCGGCUGCAGAGUCAUGGGCGUCUGGAAUGUCAAUAUCCCUAGCAUCUGGAAGGCCAAAUUGUUUGAUCGCGGAGAAGAGUCCCAUGUGCUUACCAAGCAUGAAAAACCCGUUGGAUACAUGGUCAUGGCGGACUCCGACCAAGAUUUCCUAAUCAAUAAAUCAGGAGAAUACGUUCGAUACGAUACGAUUCAAAGAGACAAGCAUUACAUGGCGAUGACCGGAUCUGACGACAUCCCACGUGACCCUGCUCAAAGUGUAAACGAACCUCCAAAAUAUAAUAUUAGUAGUCCAGUUGACCCUAGCCCAGUUGAGCCAUUGCCUGAUGACCAACCUAGUCCCGGAUCAAUAUCUGGUAGCUCGUUGGAAUACGAACCUACAAGUAAUCUACAGAGGGCGGUAUCAUGCGAGAGUGUAGCAUCUGAUUCUUCUGUGAUGGAAUUACAACCAGAACUUCCAAAGAUAGGACAGCUUGAAUUUGGUCUUGAAUAUGACAGGGAGUCGCUAGAAAUCAUUGUCAGUAUCAUUCAGGCUAAAGACCUGACACCAAAUGAGUUCACUGGAACUAUCGACACUUAUGUGAAGGUCUACAUAUCACCCGAGCUAUCAGAGGCAAAGUUUACCACAAAGGUUCAAAAAGGAACAACAAAUCCUGAAUAUAUUGAGAGAUUUAAGACAGAACUUGAUCCUAUAGACCUGAACAAAACUAAUAUACAGUUCCAUCUAUAUUCUAUGGACAAAUAUGCCAGGCAUAAAGUUGUCGGUGAAGUUGAUAUGUGCCUAGGCGAUGUUGACCUCGUACACCCAGUACGCAUGUGGAUGAAUCUGAGAGGGGUAGAUGAGAAACCUGCUGACUUCGGGGGAAUUAUGUUUUCCCUCAGCUACUUGCCGACAGCAGAACGACUUACAGUGGUCGUUGUGAAAGCCAGGGGAUUAAAAUAUACAGACGAAAGGACGCUGGGAGACUGUUUUGUGAAAGUUUAUCUUCUCCAAAAGAAUAAGAAAAUAAGCAAGAAGAAAACAAAUCUGAAAUGUGGGGACAAGAUGCCAAUAUUCAACGAAGCCAUGAUCUUUUCAGUUCCGUCUCCAACGUUGAAGAAUGUACAAAUUCGUUUAUCUGUGGUAGAAAAAUCAUCCGAUGGGAGACUGACGUCUCUUGGUCACGUGAUUGUUGGUGCUCAUUGUUUUGGUAGCGCGUUGUCCCAUUGGAACCAAAUGAUUCAGUCAUUACGCAAACCUGUGUCCAUGUGGCACGAUCUGAGGCGACAGGGCCAGCGACAAACACACUGCGACUAAUAUUAGUAUACACAUGCCUGUCAGAGAACUACAGUUACGGUGAUUUAUGAUAUCGAAGUCACAGCAACGGACUGUAACUCGCUUAACUGUCACCAAGAGAAGGGAACACAUUCGUUUUGUUCGAAUUUCCGCCGUCUAUCGAAAGGACACUGUUUUUAACAUUUGCAAUUUGUCAAUUUUCUCAAUAGACGGGUUGGAAUUGUAGUCCUUUGGCUGUGGCUUCAAUAUCAUAUAUCACCUUGGCAUUUAUCGAGUUUUAUCAAAUCUUUCGUGAGAUUUGUCUGGUGAACAUUUGAAGUCGCAGAAUGACAAUGACACGUGAACUGCGAAUACUAAAGAAAUACGUAAUUACCAGGAUUUAUAUAGCAGAAUGGCUAAAUAAAAUGUGACAUGAAGUGGGAAGAUGUAUAUUAUUUCAAACAGAGAUUGUUCCCAAGAUUGCAGCCCGGAUUAUAAUCUAGCUAC